UAUAUGCAUUAUUUGAAUGUAUCACAUAUACUAAUUAGAUAAAGCUGGUUAGCUGAACAUUUCCUCCUUAUCCAAUCUAAGAAUGGGAUACUAUUCCCUACUAUAUAAUGUGCCCUUGAUUGUUUCCAACUUCUCCACAAAACUACCCAACCAAAAUUCAAAAGCCAAAAAAACCACUUCCAUAUCCAACCUUCAAAACUUUGACAUAAUCUUAAAAAACCCAAAAAGUUGAUCUUUGGAAUUACAUACCAUUCCAAAAAAAUGAGUGAUUUUAAAGACAUACAUAAAUUCUUUGGGCAACAACAAAACCAACAACAAAGGCCAAGAACAACCAUCUCACAAAAAUCAGCACCAGCUGAUCACUCCUUAUACACCGGGGCUCCGUCUCCGAGCCCCGGUUCGUUGUCAAACCUUUUCUCCGACCCGUUUCCAGACAACGACUUCCGGUCUUUCUCCGACCUCCUCGCUGGAGCCAUCGCUACUCAUUUACCGGCCACCGGAGAGCUGAACUCGGUGUCCGAGAACUGGGGGAAUGACAAUAAGCUGGGAGAUAGGAGAGAAAAUGGCAAUGGAAAUGGUGGUGGAAGUUCUGGGUUUAAGCAAAAUAGGCCUGGAAACUUGGUUCUGCCACCAGUUGCGCCGGUUUUCAACAUUUCUCCUGGUUUUAGUCCCUCUGCUUUCUUAACCUCACCUACAUUUCUGAGUCCAUUAGGUCUAUCUCCGCAACAAACCUUAGCUCACUUCACUGCUCAGGCUGCAAUAUCUCAAUCUCAUCUCAGCAUUCAACCAGACACAAAUCCACCACCAUCUAUGGCAACCUACCAACCUUCAAUCUUCAAUGCAUCAUCUCGACAGCAAUUAUCGGAGCACCCGAAUCUGCUAGAACGGAGAGCUCCGAGUAAUAACUUCCCAAUAGCUGUUGAUAAGCCAGCAGAUGAUGGGUAUAACUGGAGAAAAUAUGGGCAGAAGCAAGUGAAAGGAAGUGAAUAUCCGCGAAGUUAUUACAGGUGUACUAGUCCUAAUUGUCCUGUUAAGAAGAAGGUGGAACGCUCGUUUGAUGGUCAUAUAACUGAGAUCAUCUACAAAGGCCAGCACAACCAUGAGCGGCCACAAACUGGACGAAGACCAGCUAAUAAAGAUAACAGUGGCCAUGGUUUGAUUCCUGGUGAUGGUUUUGGUAAUGCUAUAUGGUCAGGUGGUGUUGGAAGAGAAUUUGAUUCUGCUCAAGCAACGUCUAUGCAAUUAAAUGGACCAAGUGAUAGUGAAGAAUCUGGUGAAAACUCUCAACAAUUUGGGGAUGAUUAUGAUUAUAAUGAUGAACCUAAUCCCAAGAGAAGGAAUGCUGGAGCAGGACAAUCUGAUGCUGCAUUUACACACAGAACCGUGACUGAGCCAAAAAUUGUUGUGCAAACAAGAAGUGAUGUUGAUCUUUUGGAUGAUGGCUAUAGAUGGCGUAAGUAUGGCCAGAAAGUUGUUAAAGGCAAUCCUAAUCCGAGGAGCUACUACAAAUGCACAACAGUGGGGUGUAAAGUUCGUAAACAUGUAGAGAGAGCAUCAACAGACGCGAGUGCAGUGAUAACAACCUACGAGGGGAAGCACAACCAUGAUGUUCCGGCUACGCGAGGCGGCAUUAGUGCUGCUAACAUUCAAGCAGCGCAGAUGAAGCUACACAAUAACUCUGUUGGUCAGAUGAAUUUCGGAAGCAACGAUCAAAGACCAAUUACUCUUCGCCUAAAAGAAGAGCAACUUCUUGCUUGAAAUUAAUUUUUUUGAACUAACUGUAUGUGAGCUUGAUAACUUGUGCAUUAUUUUAUCCCUUUAUUGCUACAUUUGUUUUGCUGGGGUUCUGUUUUUGGCGUGCUAACUAAAACUGUACAUAGAGGGAGGACAGAAUAAGAGGGGCAAGGCUGCAAGGUAAAUGCUGUAAGUUUUGCAGAAUUUGUAGGGCAGUGUGUACUAACUAUAAAUUUUUCUGUCCUUUGUUUUGUGUGUAAAUUGGCUGGAGGACUUGUAUGUCCAACUUACAGCUAAUAGAGUGAUACAUGCAUUUUUGUAUUUCAGAGACCAUAUGGGUUCUGGUGUUGUAUAACUUUGGUAUGCAAAAAUAUAUAUAAAAGCACUUUUAA